UUCGAACGCAUUUAUGAAACCAACGCAUAUGGUAAAAUAUGGGACAAAACCAUGUGCUACUGAAGUUGAUUUUCACAAUAAUUCUGAAGCUUUGAAAAUUAAGGAAGAAAUAAUCGAAAUUGAAUGUGACUACGACGAAACUUUAGACAUCAAAAAAGAAAAUAUCCAAGAUCAAGAAACAAAAAUAGUUGCAGACCGAAAUUUUAGUACUUUUGAGUCAAAAGUAUGCAGCGUAGACAUAAGAGAAUAUAUUUUAGCUGGUAAGAUGAAAGAACGGAGUGAAAAGAAUCGAGAAAUUAGAAAUUUAGAUUCCGAAAAUAAAUACAAAUGCAAAAAAUGUGCCAGAAGCUAUAAACAAAAAUCAGGUUUAUAUAAUCAUCAAAAAUUUGAAUGCUACGUCACGCCACAGUUCACAUGUAAUUUGUGCGGCAAACUUUUUAAACGAAAAAGUACCAUGAAUCGGCACGUGAGUCAUAUACAUCUUAACCAAAAGUCCAACCCAUCUAAAGUGAAGUAUAAUUGUAAUAAUUGUACACGAAGUUACAAUUCCUACGUUGCUUUAACUCGACAUAAAUGUGAAAUACAUGCAGAACUCAAACGAAGAUUUAUUUGCGAUCAUUGUGGCUACAAAACGUAUCAAAAAAAUCGCUUGGGACCACAUAUUUAUCGUAACCAUUUUAAGUAAUUAAGUACACGAAACAUUUAAUCCUUAGAAAAUUAUUUCUUACCCUAGUUGAUAUCUUAUAACAUCCGAUAGCAAAUUCAAAUAAAUCUGAAACUAAUCUUGUAACAAAUUAAUUCCGAGUUACAUUAUUUUGAAUUCUUGAGGGAAACAUAAACGUUCAAAAACUAUAUAUCUGUACGUCAUAUUAAG